AUGGCGGUCUUAUUCCUCCUUCUGUUCCUAUGUGGGCCCCCUCAGGCUGCUGCAGACAGCAUCCAGGCCAUCUAUGUGGCCUUGGGGGAGGCAAUGGAGCUGCCAUGUCCCCCACCACCCACCCUGCAUGGGGACGAACUCCUGUCCUGGUUCCGCAGCCCUGCAGCAGGCUCCUCCACUGCCCUGGUGGCCCAAGUCCAAGUGUCCAGGCCAGUCCCAGGCCCUGGGAAGCCCAGAAGGGAAUCCCGGCUCAAACUGCUGGGGAACUACUCUUUGUGGCUGGAAGGUUCCAAGGAGGGCGAUGCCGGGCGGUACUGGUGUGCUGUGCUGGGUCAGCAACACAGGUACCAGAACUGGAGGGUGUAUGAUGUCUCCGUGCUCAGAGGAUCCCAGUUAUCUGCGAGGGCUGCAGAUGGAUCCCCCUGCUCUGUCCUCCUGUGCUCUGUGGUCCCCGCCAGACGCCUGGACUCCGUGACCUGGCUGGAAGGGAAGGGUCCUGUGAAGGGCCAUGUACAGUCCUUCUGGGGCGAUGGGGCUGCCCUGCUCUUGGUGUGUCCUGGGGAGGGGCUUCCUGAGCCCAAGGGCCGUAGACCAAGAAUCAUCCGCUGCCUCAUGUCUCAGAACAAAGGGGUCAGCUUUAGCCUGGCAGCCUCCAUGGAUGCCUCCCCUGCCCUCUGUGCCCCUUCCACGGGCUGGAGUGUGGCCUGGAUCCUGAUGCUGUUGCUCACAGUGGGCCAAGGGAUUGCCGUCCUGGUCCUCAGCAUCAUGCUGUGGAGGCGGAGGGUCCAGAGGGCUCAGUGCAGAGGAAACCGCAUGCGGUGCUAUGACUGCGGUGGAGGCCCCAGCAGCUCCUGCAAAGAGACCCUGACCACCUGUGGUGAGGGUGAACACUGUGGCUUCCUGGAGCACAAACCCCGGAGCAAGCCAUCUGGAAACUCCUCAGUGACUGUGAUUCAUCACCAUCCAGCCUGCGUGGCGGCCCAUCAUUGCAAUCAAGUGAAAACAGAGUUGGUGGGAGAUGUGACUUACACAACCCACAGGGACUGCUGCGUCGGAGACCUGUGCAACAAAGCUGUGGCAGCGAGCACUGUGGCCCCGGCAUGCAUCUUGGUCGCAGCAGCCAGCGCCCUAGCCUGGCUCAUGCCAGAACUGUGGAGAGGGUAGUGGGAGUAGGGGAAGGGAAGGGAGCAAGAGAGCAAGGGAACAAAGGAGAUUUGAGGUGAGAAGACAAACACUCUUCUGUGAACCAUUAAAGUCUAUUGACAAGUCUAGAGCUGACUGGAAAAUUCCAUCUAUCUUUUGUUGAUGGGAGAGCUGAAGGAGUAAUAUGGGGGCAUCCAGGCUCUAGUUUGGAGGUUAUCAAGCCUCAGUGGACUUAGUAACACGGUAUACUUCUUAACCAACUAAACCCCAAAGGACAGUGGAGAAUCUGCCCUAAGUGACUCCUGGA